UGUAGAGCGUCUCUUGCUACCUGAGCAAGAAUGGAUCAGUUCGUUUUUAGUUGGAUAGAUUACGUUAUAUUCAUAAGUUUACUUGGUAUAAGUCUUUUAAUUGGAUUUUAUUAUGGCUUUUGCAGUAAACAAAAUAGUGUUACUGAAUAUCUAUUUGGAGGAAAAACUAUGGGAUAUAUUCCAGUUGCUAUAAGUAUUUUAGCAAGUAUAUUUUCAGGGAUAGCUUUGUUGGGUGUACCUACCGAAGUUUAUUUAAAUGGUGCAAUAUUUAUUUACAAUCCAAUUAGCACUAUAUUAUCUUCAGUUUUUACUGCUUACGUGACCUUGCCAAUUUUUCAUAAGCUCCAAGUAAAGAGCAGCUACGACUAUUUGGAACUAAGAUUUUCGAAAACAGUGAAAAAAUAUGCAUCAGUAUUGUAUACUGUGUCUUUAAUUAUAUACAUUCCGAUGGUUAUUUAUGGUCCUGCUAUUGCUUUUUCACAAGCUACUGGUUACAGUUUAUAUUUAAUUGCACCGACAGUAUGCAUUAUUUGUAUAACUUACACGACAAUAGGAGGCGUUAAAGCGGUGGUUUGGACGGAUACAAUACAAUUUGUUUUUACAGCAGGUGGUCUACUUACUGUACUCAUUGUUGGAAUACAUUCGGUAGGGGGCUUUUCGAAAUUGUGGCAAAUUUCAAGUGACGGAGGAAGAUUAGAACUCAAUAAAUUCAGUUUGAGUCCAUUCGAGAGAUACACCUUUUGGAAUAUGGUAGUCGCUGGAUUUUUUGUUAAUUUAUCUUACACAGCUGUCGGGCAGAAGUUUGUUCAAAGAUUCCUCUCGAUCAGUGAUUUGAAAGAUAUGCAGAAAGCUGUAUGGUUAAAUAUGAUCGGAGGUAUUGCCGUUUUUGUGUGUAUAGUUAUUACUGGGCUUAUUAUAUAUGCUUACUAUCACGAUUGUGAUCCCAUAAGUGCAAAGUUAAUAGAGCGAGAAGAUCAGAUUAUAUCUUACUAUGUGUUGGAAAUCACAAAAAAUUUACCCGGUAUUUCGGGUAUGUUUUUCGCGGGUACAACUAGCUCUGCACUCUCGACUAUGAGUGCAAGUAUAAAUUCUUUAUCUGGAAUAGUUUAUGACAAUUUCAUUGCUAAUUUAAUCUCUGAAAGUCCGAAUAACGAUGCAAAAGCUGCUUGUAUCAUGAAGAUCAUUUCUGCCGUUAUUGGUGUUAUCAGUAUUGGACUAAUUUUUGGAUUGGAAUAUAUGGGAACUCUCAUUGACAUGUCAUUUAGUAUUCGUGGAGCUGUAGAAGGGCCACUUGUAGGAUUUUUCCUUGCUGGUAUGUUCGUCCCAUGGAUUGGAAAUUUAGGAGCAAUAACUGGUGUCAGUGCAUCUUUUCUAAUAAUGGCCUGGAUAACUAUAGGCGCAAAGUGGCAUUCCAUAAAUAAAACCAUUCGCUAUUCCCAUUUACCGAUGUCUAUUGAAAAUUGUACUGAUCUUUUCAACGUCACAUCUUUCGAAAGCGUGACUUUACCACCGCUCAAUCCAGAAAACGAACCAUGGAUUAUUUUUCGACUUUCUUUUUUCUGUUAUAUACUUACUGGAUGUAUGUUGACAAUAAUUCUUGGACUUAUUGUUAGUAUCAUAAUGAAAGAAUCAAACCUAUCUGAAGUAAAUCCUGAACAUAUCGCUCCACUAAUAAGAAGAUUUUUGCCGAAAAAGAAAUAUGAAGAAGUGCCUAUAAAUGAGAAAUGCCAAAUACAAAAUUCUGCAAAUUGAGAAUGUUGGAGCAGCAAUAUGAAAUUUUAAUAAUUUUGUAACAAUAUGAGGAAAGUUACUAAAGAAAAUAA